AGCUCUAGAUCUUUUCUAACGGGCGGAACGUUGCUACUAAGGGGUGGGGUGUUUGAGGUCAUUCAGUCCCUCUCUGAUUCAUUUCGUCGGCGUGUGUUUGAGGGUACGGGUGGCUGGAGUGAGAAGUCACCGGGCGGUAGUAAAUCGCUGACGUUAUUCGGGAAAGAUACGCUGCUUUUCAACGCACCGCAGCCUAAAGAAAACGACUCCCGUGACGACGUGCGUAAAACAAUUUAUUGCAGCGACUGCGCCACUGACAAACUACAAAACGUAGACAGGCUAUCAAAUGCUAGCCAGUUAGCAUCUCGGUAAACUAACGGUACGGUGUGUUGAUAGCUCGCCUCCUGGUUAAUUGUCCAUCCGCUAACACCCUCUGGUCUACCGUAGCAUCAUUAGCUGGCUCUUUCUCCCCGCACUCACCGACACUUGACCACUGCCCCGUGGCGGUGCCGCACGGUUCGGCAGAAACGAAUUCUAUAUUUGGACGGACAACGAAGCUUCGUUUACUGAUUGCCGCCUCUGGAGAAAGAGCAUCUGCGUUGCUUUGCUGUUGACACACUCACACCCAUCUCCCCAACCCCUUCACCUCUGCCCCUCUCCCACCACCCGAAACACUGGACAUCCACAAGCGGCCGGAGGGCGGCGACGGGCCGGCGAAGCUGGGGGUAAUAACGUUACCGGAGUCGCAGGGAGUCGUGGCGGCUACGGACAAGAACAUCCGUGGGGACCUAGCCACAACCAUGGACGGGCUGGCUGUGGAAGUUCGCGGCUCGAAUGGGGCCUUCUACAAGGGUUACAUCAAAGAUGUCCACGAAGAUUCGCUCACAAUUGUAUUUGAAAACAACUGGCAGCCAGAGAGACAGUUGCCCUUCAGCGAUGUACGGUUGCCUCCUCCAGCCGAUUACAACAAGGAUAUCGGCGAAGGAGAGGAGGUGGAGGUGAGUGCUGCUUUGUGGCUUUGGGUUUUUGAUGCAGCAGUCACCAAUCAUUUUUGUUUGAAAUUAUUAACGGGCUUCUUUCUACAGGUUUACUCCAGGGCCAAUGAACAGGAGCCAUGUGGCUGGUGGCUGGCACGUGUCAGGAUGAUGAAGGGGGAGUUCUACGUAAUUGAAUACGCAGCAUGCGACGCCACAUACAACGAGAUUGUCACAGCAGAGCGCAUCAGGCCACUAAACCCAAACAGCCCUUCCUCACGGAACUCCUUUUUUAAAGUCCCAAUUUCUGUUCCAGAAGACCUGCGAGACAUCUGUGCAAAUGACAACAUUCACAAAGACUUCAGGAAAGCUAUCGGAGCCAACUGCAUCUUCUACAAUGCCCCAACACAUGAACUCAUUCUGCUGUCUACAAAUGAGACCACAGCGAAACGUGCUACCCUCCUGAGUGACAUGCACUUCCGCAGCAUUCGUACCAAGCUCAUGCUCAUGUCCCGCAACGAAGAAGCCACCAAACAUUUGGAGACAAGCAAGCAGUUAGCGUCUGCUUACCAGGAGGAGGUAAAGGUCAGGGAGGACCUGAUGGGACUGGCCAUCGGCUCCCACGGUGCCAACAUCCAGCAGGCUAGGAAAGUGCCUGGUGUCACAGCAAUCGAACUGGAGGAGGAAAGCUGCACAUUCAGAAUUUACGGAGAGUCCCCAGAGGCAGUGAAACAGGCGAGAGAGUAUCUUGAGUUUAAAGAAGACUACUUUCAGGUACCCAGGAACCUUGUAGGAAAAGUCAUCGGCAAGAACGGCAAAGUCAUCCAGGAGAUUGUGGACAAAUCGGGCGUGGUUCGCGUCAGGAUUGAGGGAGACAAUGACAAAAAGCUUCCCCGGGAGGAGGUAGGCAGGCAGGGGGCUGGCAGGGACGACACUGCUAGCACCAAAGAGGGCAUGGUUCCCUUCGUCUUUGUAGGAACAAAAGAAAACAUCAGCAACGCUCAGGCUCUGUUGGAAUACCACGUGUCGUACCUCCAGGAGGUGGAGCAGUUGCGCAUGGAGCGUCUCCAAAUUGAUGAACAGCUUCGUCAGAUUGGUGUGGGUUACCGCGCGGCUCCCGGUCGAACUGGGGGUCCGGGCACCGAACGGGAGAAGGGCUACCUGACUGACGAGAGCAGCAACUCGCUUCAUGCCAGUCGCUCUUAUGGGGGACGUGGCAGAGGGCGUAGAGCCUCCAACAGCCAGUACUCUGGAUAUGGCACAAACUCUGAACUGUCCAACGCUUCUGAGUCGGAGGAUGUUCUUGACCGUGACCAGAGACCCCGUGGAAUUGGGGGAGACGAGAGAGGCUCCAGACGGGGCGGCAGAGGCAGGGGUUCCAGCACAGGACGAGGUCGUGGCGGGCCGGGAUCGAAGCCUUCCAACUCCAUUAGCUCAGUGCUGAGGGACCCAGACAGUAACCCGUACUCCCUGCUGGAGGGUGAAGGAGAGCUGGCGGAGUCGGACCUUACGGAAGGCAUGGGGGCAGACCGUCGCAGGCGUUCCCGGCGUCGCCGCAAUGACCAGGAACCCAGCGUGAUGGACGCUGCUGCAGAGUCGGACGGCCAGGCUGGCCCCAGCGAGAAUGGACUAGAUGAAGAGGCCCGGCCUCAGCGCCGCAACCGAAGCCGCCGCCGCCGCAACCGUGGCAGUCGCCCGGACGGAGGUUCAGCCAGUCGUGACCGACAGCCCACCGAGAGUGUGACUGUCGCUGAUUACAUUUCUCGUGCCGAGUCCCAGAGCAGACAGAACCUGCCCCAGAUUGAAAACCACACUUGCCCUGAGCCCAAGGAGAAUGGGACCAGCAUCAUAAAGGAUGAGCGAACAUCCGCCAACCGUUCCCCCAGCAAAGGCGUAACCUCUGCCAGUGAGGCUCUGACCUUGGUCAAUGGGGUCUCAUAAAGCGAAGGCCUUGUGCCUGGGCGUACACAAGUCUAGAGCAAGACUCCAUGGCAAACUCUGUCCCUGCUUGCAUUAACUUAAACCUUUAAACAGAUGAGUGAAAAAGUAUCUGACAAAAUACAUGAAUUCAUACUAUGAGAGUGAAAAAGUACAAAAAAACGACAAACGCAUCUACUUAAAAACACACUUUAAUGGUGUAUGCUAUACUAUCUAUCAGUACGUAGUGCUUAUUUAAAAGAAAAAAAAAAGAGAACAACUAGCUUGCCAAAAAAGAGCUGGUGAAUAUGACUUGAUUUUCAAAAAUACUGAAACACGAAACAGGACGGGACUGUUUUUUUUCCCUUUUCUUUUCUUUUCCUUUUUGAACGGUUAUCAUGAUUUCUGUCCUUAUUUUUCGUUUUGUUCUGUUUUGUUAUAUUUGUUCCUUGUUUAUCACUGGUUUGGACUUGGCAGUUGCUCACUCAACCAAAACAGACGCGUCUCCUGACAGUGUUACCGUGCAGACAGGUGAGAAGUAAGCUGUAGGGAGGGUCGUAUGAGCAGACGGUCCACUAUGAUCGCACACUGAACCUCGGGAAUGGAUAAAGACGGAUUGGAAUAUGGAUAGACAUUGUGCCUUGAAUUUGAAAAAAAAAAAAAUUAAUAAAAAUAAAACGGAAGAGUUUUUUUUCCAUUA